GGUCACUUUUGCUCCAAGUCCCCUUGGCGGUCUCUUUUCCUCUUCCCAACACUCGUGCUUUUCCUGCUCUGCUCUCUCUCUCUAAAGCUUUGAAAUUUGAUAGCUUUUGCAAUUGGAAUAUCAGAAUCCAGAUCCAAAUUUCGAUCAUUGGUCUGCUCAAUUUUCUUGUUCAAAGAUCGAAACUUUGAGCACCAAAAACUGCUUCCCAGAAGCGGAGGCUUGAAUUGAAUUGAAUUGAGCUCUAGUACUGCUAGUAAUGGCGGUCGAUGCGAGCUCAAUUGCAACGGAAUCAAUGGGAAUUUUGAUGUCCUCUGACCACAAAUCGGUGGUUUCUAUGAACCUUUUUGUGGCGCUUCUCUGCGCUUGUAUUCUACUCGGUCAUUUGCUGGAGGAAAGUCGAUGGAUGAAUGAGUCCAUCACAGCCCUUGCCAUUGGACUGUGCACUGGAGUUGUAAUUUUACUCAUAACUGGAGGAAAAAGCUCACAUUUAUUAGAGUUUAGUGAAGAUCUCUUCUUUAUAUAUCUGCUUCCGCCUAUCAUAUUCAACGCAGGGUUCCAGGUAAAGAAGAAGCAAUUUUUUCGUAACUUCAUGACUAUCAUGACGUUUGGUGCUGUUGGCACUCUCAUAUCCUUUACCAUCAUAUCCUUAGGUGCGAUGCACUUUUUUCACAAGUUCAAUAUUGGUUCCCUCAAGAUUGGAGAUUAUCUCGCACUUGGCGCGAUAUUUUCAGCAACCGAUUCUGUUUGCACCUUACAGGUGCUUAAUCAGGAUGAGACGCCUUUGUUGUACAGCCUGGUUUUUGGGGAAGGUGUUGUUAAUGAUGCUACAUCAAUAGUUCUUUUCAAUGCAAUCCAGAGCUUCGACCUCUCUAACAUCAAUACAAGCACUGCUUUGCAAUUUUUUGGAAACUUUUUAUAUUUAUUUGCUACAAGUACAAUGCUAGGAGUCGCAGCUGGACUAUUGAGUGCAUAUAUCAUCAAGAAGCUCUACUUCGGCAGGCACUCAACUGAUCGUGAAGUCGCUCUUAUGAUACUCAUGGCUUACCUUUCAUACAUACUAUCUGAACUAUUUUAUUUGAGUGCCAUUCUCACUGUGUUCUUUUGUGGAAUUGUUAUGUCUCACUACACAUGGCAUAACGUGACUGAAAGUUCAAGAGUGACAACCAAGCAUACUUUUGCCACUCUGUCAUUUGUGGCUGAGAUCUUUAUCUUUCUAUAUGUCGGCAUGGAUGCCCUUGACAUUGACAAAUGGAGAUUUGCGAGUGAUAGCCCAGGAAAAUCCAUAGCAGUGAGUUCGAUUCUGUUGGCGCUGGUUCUGGUUGGAAGAGCCGCCUUUGUUUUCCCCUUAUCUUUCUUAUCCAACUUGACUAAGAAAUCUCCACAAGCCAAGCUCAGUUUAAAGGAACAAGUUACAGUUUGGUGGGCAGGGCUUAUGCGUGGCUCUGUUUCUAUGGCACUUGCUUAUAAUCAGUUUAAUAGCUCUGGCCACACGGACCUGCGUGCGAAUGCGACCAUGAUCACCAGUACCAUCACAGUUGUUCUUUUCAGUACAGUGGUGUUUGGUUUGAUGACUAAACCACUUGUGAGAAUCUUGCUUCCUGUAUCAAAACACGUCUCAAGUAUGAUAUCUUCUGAACCAUCUAGCCCUAAAUCAAUCACUGUGCCACUACUCAGCAAUGGCCAAGAUUCAGAAGUGAACCGUGGGGUGGAAGAUUCAGAGGCAAACAUAGGGCCCGUAGACAUCCCCCGUCCAAGUAGUUUACGAAUGCUCCUAGGCGCUUCUUCUCACACUGUCCACCAUUACUGGCGAAGAUUUGAUAACGCCUUCAUGAGGCCUGUUUUUGGUGGGCGGGGUUUUGUGCCUCUCGUUCCAGGCUCACCUGCUGAAGAAAUUGGCCACCAAUGGCGUUGAGAAGGAACUAACACACAUGUAUAACUAUUUAUACGCGUUUGCAGAUGAGCACUAAUUUAUGUAAUUUUUAGGUCGGGCUUGGGAGUGGCUGCGGUGUGCAUUUGUUUGUACACAGGAUGAGCUGCUGGUUUCGUGUGGUGGUUCGGAAAUUUUAGUGUCUGCAUAGGUUGCUGAUUAGGUUAAUUCCUUAACACAGCUGAUGGCCUUGUAAGUUGUGGGAUUGGUGUUGUACUGAAUAUUAUUGUAAUGAUCUUUCAAAUUUUUGACUUCGGAUAUUGCAUUGUUAAA